AUGGCUACUGAGACUCCUGCUCCUUACGUCGUCCUCAUCACCGGUGGCAACAAUGGCAUCGGCUAUGAAGCUGUCAAGGCCUUCUACCAGUCCCCCAAGCCGUACUACAUCCUGAUGGCCUCUCGUUCCGUCCAGAGAGCCGAGGCGGCCGUCAAGAAGCUCCAGGAGGAAGUGCCCACCAGCUCCAACACCGUGGAGAUCAUGGAACUCGACCUGGUCAGUGACGAGUCGAUUGAGAAAGCCUAUCAGCAGGUUGUCAACGGUGUUGGUCGUCUCGACGGUCUCGUCAACAAUGCGGGCGCUACCUUCGACUUCGACUACCUCGCCAACAAAUGCACCCUCCGCGAAUGCUUCAACAAGUCCUACGACGUGAAUGUCGCCGGUACAACCGUCAUGACCGACACCUUCGCCCCCCUGCUCCUCAAAUCCAGCAACCCCCGCUUGAUCUUCGUGGCAGGCCUCUCCCACAUCACCGUCGCAAUCAAGGAAUACUUCCCCACUCCCCCCCUCCCCGCCGGCUGGCCCAAGAAGGUCGAGUUCGAGACCAUCGGCUACCGUGCCUCCAAGACCGCCCUGAACAUGGUCAUGCUCGACUGGAACCACAAGUUCAAGGCCGACGGCGUCAAGGUCUGGGGUGUCGGCCCCGGAAUGUUGGCUACGGAUCUCGGUGGACAGCGUCAUCUGGCGGAGAAGAUGGGUGCCGGUCAUCCUAGCCUCGGAGGAACGCUGAUCUACGAUGUCAUCGAGGGGGAGAGGGAUGCGGAUGUCGGCAAGGUGAUUGAGCGCGGUGGUCUCACUCCUCUCUAG